AUGUCCGUUUUACCCCCGCGGCUUCUUCGUUUGUCCUUCACUCCCAAAAACGAUUUCUUUCAUCUCAAAACCAAAGCUUUCUUGGUCCAGAAGCUUUCAGAAACUACCGACCUCUUUCUCACGAAUCUAUUACAUACUUUGAUUCUGAAACUUGGAUUCGCAACUGACACUUUCACUGCGAAUCUCCUCAUAAAUAAGUAUGUCAAACUCAGAGAAAUCAACACUGCACGCAAGGUGUUCGAUGAAAUGUGCGAACCAAAUGUCGUUUCCUGGACUUCGGUUAUUUCUGGAUACAACGACACGAGUCAACCACAAACUGCUCUUUCUAUGUUUCAGGAGAUGCACAAAGCCAGAUCCGUGUCUCCCAACGAGUUCACGUUCGCUAGCGUCUUUAAAGCCUGCUCGGCUUUGGCAGAAUCAAGAAUCGGGAAAAACAUCCAUGCCCGUCUUGAGGUUUCCGGGCUCAGAAGCAACACCGUGAUGAGUUCCUCUCUUCUUGACAUGUACGGUAAAUGCAACGAUGUGGAAACGGCUAGACGGGUUUUCGAUUCCAUGGCUAGUUAUGGCAGAAAUGUUGUUUCUUGGACCUCGAUGAUCACUGCUUAUGCGCAGAACGCUCGAGGUCACGAAGCUAUUGAGCUGUUUAGAUCGUUCAAUGCUGCUUCGACGAACGAUAGACCGAAUCAGUUUAUGCGGGCUAGUGUUAUCAGCGCCUGCACGAGUUUAGGUAGGCUACAAUGGGGAAAAGUUUCUCACGGGUUAGUCACUAGAGGAGGUUACGAAUCGAACAUCGUGGUUGCUACCUCGCUUCUUGAUAUGUACGCGAAAUGCGGGUCUCUGAGCUGCGCGGAGAAGAUCUUCUUGAGGAUUCGGUGUCACUCUGUUAUAUCGUACACUUCUAUGAUCAUGGCAAAGGCAAAGCAUGGACUUGGUGAACCGGCGAUUCAACUAUUCGAUGAGAUGGUUUCAAGGAGAAUAAAGCCUAACUAUGUGACGUUACUCGGCGUGCUACACGCUUGUGGCCACUCGGGUCUUGUCAACGAAGGGUUAGGAUACUUGAACUCAAUGAAGGAGAAGCAUGGUGUGGUUCCUGACCCGAGGCAUUACACUUGCGUUGUUGAUAUGCUUGGGAGAUUUGGUCGUGUUGAUGAAGCUUAUGAAUUGGCGAAGACGAUAGAAGUUGGAGCAGAGCAAGGUGCGCUCAUGUGGGGAGCUCUGCUUUCAGCUGGUAGGUUACAUGGAAGAGUUGAUAUUGUUUGUGAAGCUAGCAAGCGGUUAAUACAGUCAAAUCAGCAAGUGACAAGCGCGUAUGUGGCUUUGUCCAAUGCUCACGCUGUAGCUGGAGGAUGGGAAGAUUCAGAGUCUCUGAGAUUAGAGAUGAAACGUGGUGGAAACGUGAAAGAACGAGCUUAUGCGCAGAACGCUUGA